CCUUUCUUCCUCCAUUGCAUCAUCGCUUGCUCCCUCUUUCCUGAAGGGGAGGGGGAGAGAAGAAGGGCGAGAGAGAGGGAGAGUGGGAACUGCAAAGGAGAUUGCCUUAAGAAGGAGAGAGAGAGAGAGAGAGAGAGCAAGGGAUGGGUGGGAGGAGGCAGAGGUUUUUGUCUUGGUUUUGUCUGAUCCGACAUGAGCCACAGAACGUGAGUGCUUGACCGAGAACAGGCAUCUCUCACUGGACGCAUCACCCUCACCCUUCCACUCAGUCUGCCUGCCUGGAGCUGGGGCUGGAGCUGUGGUAGCGACGGGCUAUCAGAGAGGCUAGCAGGCACAGUGGCUCUGAUGAGAAGAGGGGCUAAGCUGAGCCGGUGGGCUUGCUCUCUGCCUCACAGACACAUUUUAUUGACUUGCUAAUUGCCUAAGACACUCAGAGGAGAGGAUGCAGUGACUGAAGGGCGCGAAGGAACCAACUGUACAGAAGAGCGUUACAGGCAGUGGAACAGUGACUGCGUUCUGCCUAUCUGACCACCAUUUCUGCUUCUCUUUACUGUGGGAAUUACAAGAGAUGUUUGCAGCCUGCCUUUCAUUGAUCUGCACAACGUGCAUAUGUGAUUCAUGCAUGACAUUAGUGUGUCUUUGCCUCACAUGCAGUCGGAAGUAGACUCUCACCACCACAUGCUUUGCAACACGUGAAUGAUUUCCAUAUGGAUGUUUGUUCUCUUAUUUACAUUCAAACCUGUUUUUCUCUGCUAGGUCUGCUUAAGCUGUUGUUUACUGUGCUGUCUGGUUUGUCUUUACCACGAUACAUACCCUUUGGUGUCUGUGACGGUGCUACAUUAUUUUUAAUUUUUUUUGUCAACCAAUCAAAUGUAAUGGGGAUAUGAAGAUUCUGAAGCAUACAAUGAAUAUCCUUCACUGGGAGUGAAUAAAUUAUCAGAAGAGAAGCUUACAGGCUGUAGACUGACUUGAGGCAUUUCAUCUUGUGUUAUUUUGUGGAGUGGGGAACUACGUAGUACAGUCUUGUUGGAAAAAUGGACCAGGCUCAUUUGUUGACUCUUGCAUAAUUCCAGACUACCCAGUGUCAAACAUCAAGAUCGAGGAAAGCAAUCUCAGAUCCCUGGCAUUGGGCUGUAGAAUUAAUCUUUCAUAUGGAGAGAGAAAGGGGAAAAGAAAGAGGACUGUGAAUGAACCUGUGGAGGAGACCAGUGAUCAGCAAAGAGAAGGUGACAAGGGGAUUACAGGAAGGAUUAAAUAAAGUACACUCUAGAUUUAAGUAACUCAGCCUUGUUAAGUAUGCUCCGCUAAUUCCAGGUAGCUCCUACCACCUCUUGACAAAGUUACCAUUCACCCACAUCAGACGUAUCCCUACGCCAGUUAGUUUGACAGUACCUUCUGACUGUUUUCUGGUCUGCUGUUGUCUCUCUGGUGAAGCCUCCAGCUGUGGGUUGCCAUGCCUGUUCCCUGCGGGUCUGUCUGGGUCAGAGUGUGGGCUCUGCCGCUGCUCUGAGGUCGGUCUGCCUCCCUGUUUGCCAGCCUGCCGCCCCUAUGAGCCAAACAGGCACCCUACCAAGGCGCACCACCUACCUCAUCUCCCUCACCCUGGUCAAGGUCGAGGCGGUAGGGGGUGAUGGAAGGGCCACUGGGCCCCAGCCACAGCUAGCCCUGUCCCUAGGGAGAGGAGGUGUGGGGGGCCCUGGGUAUGAGGAGGAUGAGGAGCUGAGCAGGACCACUGAGGAUGAGGGAGGACACUUGUGUGCCGUGGGGGAGGGAGAGGGGGACACAGAAAUGGAGGAAGAUGAGCAGGAGGACAUUAGCUUUGGGGGGCCUGUUCAGGAGCGGGGGAAGCCUGAGAUGAGGGAGAAAGAGAGUCGUGGGCCAGGCUCCUCAAAAGAUAUCACAUUGGGGAUUAAGAGCAAGGCGUCUCCCCUCUUACCGAAGAACAUGAAAGAUCAAGUGAAGGGGCUUGCAGGGGUGUCAGGUGUCCCCUCAGAGGCAGGGCUGAGGAGAGAGGGAACCCGUCCUAAAACCGAACUCUACAGGGAGCCGCCCAUGCUGUUUCCAAGGGGCGAGGAGGGGAUGGGCGACCCAAGCAGCACCCUCUGCCGAGUCAGCGUGCCCAUCACUGUCCCUCCCAGGUUUACCCAUCGACCCGACGUCCUGAUGAGGUCACAUGCCGGGGGGGGGGCUGUAAGCCGGCGGGAGUUGAGGGAAGCCGAUCAGAGUAUGCCUCCAUCUGCCAAGAGUCUGGACCGCAAAGACAACCGUAUAGGGGAUCGGUCGCCUAUGAUAGGUGCUGCGGCCGCCCUAGGGCCUUACCGAGCGUCCUGGGCAGACAGUGACGGCAGGACCACCCUCCUUCACCAGGGGGUCCCAGUGGGGGGAGGGUUUACAGGCGUGGUGACUAGGGAAAGCCCCCAAGGGGACAGGCUGAAGACAGGCUCCACCUCCCUGCCAGCUCAACCCACCACCACCCAGGUGUCCAAGCCGGCAAGGAAGGGCAAGAGCCGUACCCUGGACAACAGUGACCUGCACUCUCUUUCUGAGGACUUGAAGAAGGGGAAGGAUGGCAAGGGCCAGGGUCAGGGAGGAACCACCCAGCGCGCCCGCGACCGCAAGAUGCUCAAGUUCAUCAGUGGGAUCUUCACAAAGAGUACGCCUGCGCCUCCCAGCUCCAACACAACGCUCCCUAUUUACACACCCAUACAGAGGGGUUCUAGUGAGGAGGAAGCGGCGUGCACUAACAGUCAAGAAUGGACCUUCAGUCGAACUGUCCAAGAGCUCCGUCUGGGGGUGUUGGGAGGUCUCCGCAGUGGAAAGUCAGCCUUGGUCCACAGACACAUGACCGGGAGCUACCUCCCCCUGGAGAACCCAGAUGAGGGCAGGUAUAAGAAGGAGGUUCUGGUUGAUGGUAACAGUCACAUGUUGCUGAUCAGGGAGGAGACAGGACCCCCAGAUGCACAGAUGGCUAACUGGGUGGACGGGGUCAUCCUGGUCUUCAGUCUGGAGAAUGAGGCCAGUUUACAGGAAGUGUACAGGAACUAUAGCGAGCUGGGCUCUCACCGCAACAUUGCUGAGAUCCCCUUCAUAGUCGUGGGCACCCAAGAUAAAAUCACCAGCACCAACCCUCGGGUGAUAGAGGACGCCAGGGCCAGACAGCUGUGUUCAGACGUGAGGCGCUGUACCUACUACGAGACUUGCGCUACCUACGGCCUCAACGUCAACCGCGUCUUCACCGAGGCUGCCCACAAGAUCAUGGCAGUGAAGAAGCAGGCAGCUCUAUUGGCCUCCUGUAAAUCCCUGCCCAACUCUCCCAGUCACUCUGGAGGCUCUACGCCAGUGUCAGGAGUCUUUCCUGGGCAGGCCAGUAAUGGUGGUCAGAGCAGUGACUACUCGUCUUCUCUGCCCUCCACCCCAGUGAUCAGUCAUAAGGAGAUCGGUGGGGCAGCAGGCGGGGAGAGGCUGGGCAGCGCCACCCCAGGGUCUGUCCGCAGCGCCUCCAGGCGACGCACCGGCUCCCGCUUCACGGGCCGUAGGGGCAGUGACUCGGAGAGGAGGAGUACAGACAGUAAGACAGGAGACCUGGGCAGUGGACGCUCCAUCCCCAUUAAACAGAGUGUCCUGCUGAAGCGCAGUGGCAGCUCCCUCAACAAGGAAUGGAAGAAGAAAUAUGUCACGCUGUCCAACAACGGCAUGCUCUCCUAUCACUCAAACGUCAAUGACUACAUGCAGAAUGCCCAUGGGAAGGAAAUGGACAUGCUGCGGGUGACUGUGAAGGUGCCAGGGAAACGCCCGCCUCGUGCUGGUGCCGUCCCUUCCUGUGGCCCUCCUCCUGGCCUCAACGGCCUGGUCAAAGACGUACAAGUGCCUGAGGGGGCCAGUGCAGUCCCUGGUAGUGGCAGUAACCUCCUGCCGGUAGAGGAGGGUGCGGGAGGAGGGUUGUCAGAGGGGUUCAGAGGGGUGCAGCUCUGUCCCUCUACUGUCUCCUACAGGGCCCAAAGUGUGGACACUGCCGUCGAGGGUGUGUCCAACCCCUCCUCUUCUAAAGACACAGGUCCCGUCUCCCCGAUGGUUGACAGGAAGAAGCAUCGCAAGAAGAAGAGCAUGAACCUGAAAGGAGACACAGCAAUUGGCCAAGCAGAUGCAAAGCGCAAAAUGUGGAAACUAAAAAGCUUUGGUAGCUUAAGAAACAUAAACAAGACAGACGAGGAUAACUUUGACUUCCUUAUCGUGUCAAGCACGGGCCAGACGUGGCACUUUGAGGCCCAGAGUGUGGAGGAAAGGGACGCCUGGGUGACUGCCAUCGAGAGCCAGAUCCUGGCCAGCCUGCAGCUGUGUGAGAGCAGCAAGAACAAGGCUCGUAAGAACAGCCAGAGUGAAGCUGUGGCGCUGCAGGCUAUCCGUAACGCCAAGGGCAACAGCCUCUGUGUGGACUGUGAAGCACCUAACCCAACGUGGGCCAGUCUGAACCUGGGGGCUCUUAUCUGCAUUGAGUGUUCAGGGAUCCACAGGAACCUGGGCACCCACCUGUCCCGUGUCCGCUCUCUGGACCUGGACGACCUGCCCAGAGAACUCACCCUGGUGCUGGGCGCCAUUGGCAACCACCUGGCCAACAGCAUCUGGGAGGGACGCACACUGGGCCGCCGGAAACCAACACCCAACGCCACCCGAGAGGAGCGGGAAUCGUGGAUCCGGGCCAAGUAUGAGCAGAGGCUGUUUGUGGCUCCGCUGGUCCCGCCUUCCCCCUCCGUGUCCCCCAGUCAGGGGUCAGAGGUCAACACGCUGUCGGCCUGUCUGCUGGUGGCCGUGAUGGAGAGGGACCUCCCCCGCCUGCUCCUCCUCCUGGCCCACAGCACCAAGGACGACAUUAAUGCCCCACUCCGCCCAGGGGGUCACCUCUCUCCUCAGCCCCCUGCUGCAUUCCCCAGCUCUCCCAUGGGAGGAUCCCCCCUGCCGCCCCACUCAGCGCUGCAUGCCGCCUGCCAGCUCGCCGACGUGGUCAUGACCCAGUUGCUGGUCUGGUAUGGCAGUGAUGUGAGGUGUCGGGACGCCCAGGGGCAGACGGCCCUCACGUUGGCGCGUUACGCAGGAAGUCAGGAGUGUGCCGACAUCCUCCUGCAGUACGGCUGCCCCAACGAGCCGCCCCCCUCGGUUGCCACAACGCCCAGCCUCUCACUCGCCACGACACCCAGCCUUUCGCGCAAGAGCAGCGCCACCAGCCUGAGCCGCAGCAGCAGCUCCAGAAGAGCAGUGUCUUAAUGUGAAAGGGGUUAGAGCACACUGUGUGAAAGUGUAAGUGUGUAUGUACGUGUAAAAGUGUGAGUACAUGCAAUAUGUGUGUGUGUGUGAGAGAGACAGAGGUUGUGUGGGUGGUGCAUGUGUGUUUGUGACCAUAUGCAUGCCAGGGUAGCUUUAGUUGAAGGGGGAGGCUGUGUCAUCAGUGUCCUCUAAAAGAAACCUAUAAAGUCACACCAGGACGUAGUCCCAGACCAGAAGGACUGAAUGAACAAGCAGCCAACACCAUCACCACCCUUAGUGGUGCACGGGUCAGCUGUUUAUUCACCUACACCAGCCCGCAAUUGCUAAAUAACCCAUCCGCAACUGCCCAACUAUGUGUGAUAAAGUGAAAAUCUGAGGCCUGACCCUAACCCGCAAAUAUAUAAAAUGUUAAAAGCUGUAAAAACUACCCAACAUGUUUCUGGCAACAUUUCAGUUUGGCUUGGAUGCAUAUUUUAUGUGACUGAAAUAGGCUACUAUCAUCUUUUCUGAUGCUGAUAAAGAUAGGAACUUUACAGACGGUCCCUAACCACACAUUCAUUCUCGAAAGAUGCUGAAAUAAAUAAUAUUUCUCCAUUCCAGUCAAAAUGUACAUUUGGUGUAUAAUUUCACAAGUUAAUAUUAUAUUAGGUGGUAAUAGACCUAUAUUCAGUGUGCAUAUUUCAGGAUACUAUUCCAUUUAAAGGUCCAGUGCAGCAUUUGUAUCUGUAUUUCAAAUCAUUUCUGGAUAACAAUUAAGUACUUUAGUGUGAAUUUUUUCAAUUAAAAUGGUCAAAAAUAAACAAAAUCGACUUCUUAGCAAAGAGCAAUUUUUCAAUAAGAAUUUAGCUAAGACUGUCUGGGAGUGGUUUGAAUGGGGAGGUGAAAACAGAAAAUGUGCUCUUAUUGGCAGAGAGGUUUGGAACUCUUGUCUAUUAACUAAUUUACCACAUGAUGAUGUCACCAUGGAAGGCCAAAACUCCCUCCCACCAAAUCAGGCUGUCUUUUCAAACAGAGCUUACACUAAAAGGGCAGUAUCAUAAUUUUCUAAAUUGUACAGUAUUAUUCCAAACUCAGUGUGGAAAUAUAUAUAUAACAAAUCAUGUUUUUUGAAUGUACUGGGCCUUUAACCCAUCUGAACAGUAGCCUAUAGUUCCCUUGAUGUACCAUUUUGAAGUCCUCCUCUUGUGACUGUCAAAUUUGUAUAGCGCCUCACAAUCACACACAAUUGUUGGCACUGCUAUCAUCCUCUUUUACCACUUCACCAAAUCUUUCCCAAACAUCAGGCUACUGUUCUGGUGCUUCUAUUUAUUUUCAACUCUCCAUUUUGCAGCUCGUCUCUUAUUUAAUUAAACUCCAACAUUGUCCUUUUUCCUCAGUGGAUUGACGUGAACUUUUUCUGCUUAAGUUCGUAAAAGAAAUUGACGAUUGCUGUGUAUUCAGAGAGUGUACAGUUAGGCCCUAAAGUUUAGGCUUAGACUACACUCUAGCACCAGAUAAAAAAUAAUACAAAUAAAUGUAGCCUAUAGAUAUGAAUUAUACAUUUAUGGAUUUUUUUUAAUGCAUAGUUUAUUCAACUCGCCUGCACGCCAUUCAGCCACACACUAUUUAAUUGCCCUAAACUGCAGGGACUGCAGGUUAUGAGUCAACCCACACAUCACUAACCACAGUAAAGCCAGGAGGCAGAACUCCCUCUAACUUGGCUCUGUGCAUGCAUGUUUGAACGAGAGGGACUGGUCUGGUCAGUGGGGUACCUUGUCCCCACUAUGGCGCUGAUAAUAUAUACUCUUCCAGGCUCACCUCACCACUGCUCUGCUCUGUUGGACCUUUUUACCUGCCAAAAGGUGUGCUACUGCUUCACCAGUACCCCGUACCCUGAGCCUCACUAACACAUAUUGACUGACAGACAGGGAUAAUGUAAUGUCAAGCUCUGGGGCCAAAUUGAUGGCCUGUCCUGUAUACUGACUUGGGUUCAUGCCCAAUCACAUCUCUCAGACCACAGGGUUGGGAGAAGAAAACAAACCGGAGGUACAGAACUGCAAUAAUUGAAUUACCAGUGUGAGACAAUGGAUGUGUCCUUCUCGCCCUUCUGUACCUCUGGAUGCUUGAAGUACCAUGAUAAGACUAUAGUAUGAAGACGGGAAGAUGGUUUCCGCUCUCAACAGCGGAGAAUGUCAGUUUAAAAUUCAUUAUGAACAUUUCUCCUGUGCUUUGAUGGUUAUGGUUGACGUGGAGCAGCUUAACUUAAAAUGCAGCUACAUCUAUAAAGAUGCUUCAAUAUGAUGAUAAAAGGAGUAUGAUGGGGCUCAUUGAAUCCUCUGGAUGACAUUGUACUUAUACAGAAACUUAACAGUGGAGUCAAGACCAACAGCAAUGGCCAGUGCUGGAACUAUAAUGACCACAGUUAAAGUAUCACUGUACCACGGUCAGACAAAACGGUCAGUUACUGAACAAUGCUCAGCUGAGAUCAAAUUCAAAAGAAAUACUGUCCAACAGAUAUAUGAUUUGUAUUUUAAGAAUUUAAGGUCAAAAUAAUAAUUGUAUAGAAAGACAUAUGAAAUUGACAUUACUAUACUUGUCAUAGUUAUCAAUAUUGAGAAGUACUUCAUGGACAAGAAUGUUAAUGUGGGUUCUGAAGUUUGUAUGGUAGGUUAUUGUUUAAUACACACAGGGGUUACUCUUAGCUGUUCAGAGAUACAAAACUGUGACAGAUUUGGUGAUUAUUUUAUUUGGCAGUCCGCUAUCUAGCUCCCUGACGUCACUUUGAGAUCCAAGAUGGAGACUUGUAAUGUGUGUGAAUAAUGUGUGUUUUGGAAAUGAGAGAGACCCACACACCCACUAGGGCAGUUUCUAUAUGUCCUAUUUUAGCUGAACAGUGUUACUGCCAGACACCAUUGUAUUGUGAAACAAAUUAAAUGCCUUCCAGUUUUAUUGAAUGUAUUGCAAAUAUUGGGAAUGUUUUGUGUGCACUGCCACACCCACAAAAGAAGAAGGGGUUCAAAACCAAAACUCAAGACGUCAUUCUCGAUUAUUAUUCCAACUGUACAAAAUUAUUAUUAGUAAGGGAAAUUAAUUGCCUUGUAUUGAGAAUGAAAAGUUUGCUAGUGGCCACAAUAGAGACCAUUAUCAUAACACCACAAGGACCAUGUUGCUUUUAUAUUGGGACUUAUCAAUCUACUGCAGUAUGAUCAUGCCUCUUUUUUUUUAUUACUGAAAAUCAACAUUUGUCUGUAAAUUGUGUAUGCUUCUUUUGUUUUGCAGUGUUUUUCUACUCCUGUAUAUGAUUCAUGGCUCAUUCAAGUUAGCUGUCAAUACAAUUACUGUCAAACCUGUGGUUUUAUUUAUAUAUUUGGGAGUGUUUCAUAUUUUAAUGUGCAACUUUUAUCUGCUUAAAACAAAUAAGGAAAGGAAAAACAGUAUACAACAAAGCAACAAUAAACAUGUUGUAUUCUGGGUAUUUUGUCAUUUGAAUGAAUUGAAAUAUAUAAAGCUGAGGAAUGGAUCGGUCUCUCUA